AUGUCGUACUAUACCGAAGAAAUUUCCCGAAACGAACCUGAAUAUAUUACCGAGUACGGUGAUGGUAACGAAGGUGCUCAAAGAGCACAGCGACCUCAAGGAGCCACAGUGGUUUGCCGAGUUUGUGAUGCCAACAUAUUUCUUGAAGGACGUAGUAAUCAACAUGUUGUUAAAUGUCAUGCAUGCGAUGAAGCUACUCCCAUUCGUCCUGCACCAGCGGGAAAGAAAUACGUUCGCUGUCCGUGUAACUGUCUUUUGAUUUGUAAGGCUUCUUCCACAAGAAUUGCUUGCCCACGGAACAAUUGUCGCAGAGUUAUCACACUGGGUCAGAGAGAUCCAUCUGGAAGCGCUAUUCGAGCACCAACUGGCAGUUGUAGAGUUUCUUGCGUUUAUUGCAACGAAAUUUUCUUAUUCAAUACCCUUACUAAUGCAUUGGCUACUUGCCCGCACUGCAGAAAAUUUUCUUCCGUUGGAACAUUCGCUCGACGUCGAUCGAUUUUGUUGUUUAUUUUGGCUGCAAUUUUGGCCAUAUUUUCAGUUCUGGUGACCAUUAUGACCAAACCUCUACCUGUUUUGGCAAUGACGUGCAUAUUAGGCAUUGAGGGAUCCGCAAACAAAAUUGGGGUAGGAAUAAUUCGAAAUGGUCAAGUUCUGUCUAAUCCAAGAUCAACGUUUAAUGCACCACCAGGCGAAGGAUUCAGACCAACUGAAACAGCUAUACACCAUAGACAACAGGUUCUACGUCUUAUUUGUGAUGCUCUAAUAAUAUCGAAUAUCCAUGAUCCUGGAACAGAAAUUGAUGGAAUCGCCUAUACCAAGGGUCCUGGAAUGGGAGCGCCGUUACAAGUUGGGGCAAUAGUAGCAAGGACACUGGCUCAAGCUUGGAAAAUUCCGCUAAUCCCGGUGAAUCAUUGUAUUGGGCAUAUCGAAAUGGGAAGACUUGUUACUGGUGCUGAGAAUCCUGUGAUUUUAUAUGUUAGUGGAGGAAACACACAGGUUAUUUCUUAUUCGAAUUCAAGAUACAGAAUUUUCGGGGAAACGAUAGAUAUUGCCGUAGGGAACUGCCUCGAUCGUUUUGCAAGAGUUUUGAAACUCCCUAACAACCCGAGUCCGGGAUUUAAUAUCGAACAGAAAGCGAAGAAUGGAAAAAAACUUUUUGAUUUACCGUAUACAGUUAAAGGAAUGGAUAUUUCACUUUCCGGAAUUCUCUCAAUUAUGGAAAAAAGGGCCUCCGAGUUAAUUGAAAGUAUGGAGUAUACUUUAGAAGAUCUUUGUUUCUCUCUGCAGGAAACUGUAUUUGCUAUGCUUAUUGAAAUCACAGAGCGAGCUAUGGCUCAUACCGGUAGUUCUCAGCUUCUAAUAGUUGGUGGAGUGGGUUGUAAUUUGCGACUUCAGGAAAUGGCGCAAUCAAUGUGUUUGGAACGCGGAGCACAUCUUUACGCAACAGAUGAACGAUUUUGUAUAGAUAACGGAGCGAUGAUCGCGAGAGCUGGCGAACUAAUGCUCUCUGCCGGAUUAAACAUUCCUAUUUCGAAAGCAACGUUUACGCAACGUUAUCGUACAGAUCAAGUAAUUGGCCUGAUGGGUUACUGGGUCCAGUUGACUGCUGUAUUCCCAAUUGCAAUGAAUAUUGCAUCACUUCUUCUAGUUGGAAUAACUAUUUGGAAAAUGCGGUCAAUGAUUGCUAUUUGUGAUAGAAUUGUUGCGAACACUCAUUGGUUAUCGCGCACAGCUAUGUUUAUCAAACACUAUACCGCUCAGGGUUAUGAUGCUUUUCAACAAACGUUAAAAGAAAUUGGUAGCGGGAAACGUAUUAUUGCCCUUUUCACUGGAUCGAAAGAAUUGUUAACAGGAAAAAGUUGGUGUCCCGAUUGUGUCGAAGCCGAGCCAAUUAUCGAUAAGACACUCGCCGACGAUUCUGUGAAAGAUUCUGACAUUCAUUUUAUUACGUGCUUUGUGGGAAAUCGUGAAACCUGGAAAAAUCCAAAUUGUCAAUUUCGUACUGACAAGAACAUAAAGCUUACAUGCAUUCCAACGCUUUUGGAAGUGGGAAAAAAGGCUAAACGAUUGAUUGAAAAUCAGUGUGCGAACGAAUCCUUGUUGAAGGAAUUUUUCCUUGAGGACGAAUAG